GUGCCACUUUCAGGUCUCCUCACACUGCUGGUGUGUUCCAUUUUUUGUCAUAGGGUGCUGGCAGAUUACGGGCCUCCCAUAGCUGCUGCCAGGCCCCUAAUCUGCCAUGGGCCCCUGUACCGCCUCCUCAUGCUGCUGCCAGGUCCACAGUGUCUCAUGGGUCCCUGUACGGCCUCCCAUUGCUGCUGUCUCCAUCGCCACACUCUGCCAUGUGCCACUUUCAGGUCUCCUCACACUGCUGGUGGGUUCCAUUUUGUCAUAGGGUGCUGUAUGGCCUCCCAUUGCUGCUGCCUCCACCGCCACACUGUGACUCCACACUCUGGUUUUGGCCCCGUGACUGCCCAAAUGAGUGAAGUGUGCGGUGAUUCUAAGAUCGACGGCACUCAUCUGCAUGUCAUACUG